AUGCCAUUACAUGCCAAAUUUAUGAAAGAAGUGCUAACAAAGAAAAGGUCCUUGAAAGAAGGACAAAUUGUUGAGAUGACAAUGAAGUGUAGUGCUAUCCUCCAAAGAGGCUUACCAAAGAAGAAAGAUGAUCCUGGAGGCUUUUAUAUACCUUGCACCAUAGGAAACAUAACAAUUGAGAAAUCAUUCUAUGACCUUGGUGCAAGCAUAAACUUGAUGCCUUUAUCUCUCAUAAGGAAACUUCAAAUUCAUGAAUUGAAACCCACACAGAUAGCCUUUCAAAUGGCGGACAAAUCCAUUCAGCGAGCACCUGGGGUUGUGGAGAAUAUAUUGGUAAAGGUGGACAAAUUUUUCCUCCCAGCUGACUUCGUCAUCCUAGACAUAGAGGAAGAUGACAACACUCCCAUCAUCCUAGGGAGACCCUUCUUAGCUACAGACAGAGCAUUAAUACAUGUUGAAAAAGGGAAACUGAUGCUAAGGGUGCAUGAAGAGCAUAUAGUGUUCCAUGUCUUCAAGAAUUUGCAAGAUUCCACUCAAGAAGAAGAGUGUAUGAAGAUUUAUUCUAAAGAUCCAAACUUGAAAGAGGCACCUGAUGAGACACUCUCAAUGCAUUUAAGCUCAUGCUGGAAAGGAAAGAAAGUGGUAGUAGUGGUGCAACAAGCUCAAGGAAUAGAGGAGAAGCUACAACCAAAGCCUGCAUUUGAGAUUCUCAGCAAGGACCCUCCAAAAAUUGAGGCCCCAAAACCUGAACCACCUCCUGAAAAAGGAAAGAAUCCCAAGAAGAAAGUUCCAAGAGGAUGA